AUUGCUUUGUUGGAGACCUUUUGUGACCCGGCCCGACACGGUUCGGCCCGGCAUAGGAUCAACGACACUUCGGAUGCUCUCAACAGGGCUUGCCUCUUCCAGUAACGCAUUCUCCAUCUCCCGAAUUGUUUCAAGAGUGCCCCGGAGCUACCCUUGAAAACCCUGAUUUUCCAUUUGUCAGUGCUUCCUGGUUCCUUGGCAUAGCAAAAAGAAGGCUUUCACAUGGGCAUGAAGAUGUGACGUCAUCGAUCAAAGACUCAACCAACCAGUGGGCAUCGCGAGCUUCGACGUCAGCCAGACCGCCAAGAUAUUUGGCGGGAUGCCGUCAGUGGCUGCUGCUCUCCCAUCACGCGCCGGUCGCUACCCAUGGCCAAGUCGACGGCUGCUGAUCAACGAUUCGUCCAACGGCAUUAAACGGCAACCGGCUUCAAUUGCUGGCCAGUGCUGGUGCUGUCUUGUCACACCCGGCUCCAGCCCGUUGAAGCACUGGUUGGCUUGGAGUCAAUGCCGUUUUCUCGUCUUUUCUGUGGAAUUCCAGAUGUCACCGCGAGAAGCCCGAUGUGCACCUUUGGGUUGCCAUGAUAUAAAUUCCAGUCUGUCCAGUCUGUGGUCAGGUGAAUUUCUUCCUCUCUGUUCAACCAGUUCACCAUUUACACUCCACUACCUAGUGAAGCCAAGCUCUUCCAGCCCGACCACCAGCAACCCUCAAGCCUAAACCAAUCACACAAUGGCACGAACAGGCCGCACCUCCGCCCGCACGGGGCUGGCCCCCUUCCUUUUGGCCUCCUCGGCCAUCGUCUGGAUCUCGGCCGUCAUUGUCAUGGGCAUUCUUGCCUACCUCGUCUCUGAGGGCACCCGCGGCGACUUUGUCAUCUACUCCCUAGUUAUUUCUGUCCUCACCACCAUCUUUUACCUCGCCGCCUUUUUCCUCGCUGGUCGCCCUGGUUUCGUCUUGCUGUUCAACCUCAUCUUUUCCUAUCUAUGGCUCGUGGUCGUGGUGUUCACAGCCAGUAGCUACACCUACAGCAACAGCUCCCUUCUCCAUGCGGUCGAGGCCUUUAGCUUCAUCGCCUUCUUCUUCCUGUUCUUCAACGUCCUUUACGACUGGCACAACGGCUUCUACCGCGGUGGUGCUCGCACCACUGCUGUUGUCUAA